AGAAGUCAAAAUGGCUGCGAGUAAAACAGCCUCGAGUUUCCACAGUAUGCCGCACAGAAACGGCACUUAUGUGGCCAGCCAUGGAGGUAAUUCUCCUGCAGAUGUUACCCCAGACCUACAUCUCAAGAUGUCGAAGAAGAUUGCUCAACUUACUAAAGUUAUUUACGCGCUCAACACCAAAAAUGACGAACACGAAAAUGUUUUGGAAAACAUGAAAACGGCCCAUGAAGAAGAGAUGCAAAAGCUUAUGGCGGAAACGAAAGAAAGAGUUAACUAUUUUAAAACCAGGUUAAAUGCUGUUUCUGAACAAAGACAGAAGAUCGACAUGUUAGAGUCGCAUUUGUCGAAGGAACGGCUCCAGCGAGAAGAGGCGAUGUCGGAAUUUGAGAGUUUCAAGCGCCGAACAAAUGAUGAAGAAGCUCGUUUGAAAUCAGAGUUUUCUGAUAGGAUUUUGACCAUGUCCAAGGAAUUAUUAACUUCUAAAAAGGAGUUCGAAGAACGCCUGAAGGAUUUUCAGGCUACUAGGAAACUGUUAGAGGAAAAUCGAGACAAAGCUGUGGAGGAGUUGACAAGCAAACAUCACGACGAGAUCGACCAGCUCAUGAAAGCUCAUCGUGUGCGCUACGAUGAAGUUGUGAAGGAAAAACAGAAACUUGAAAAAGAAUUUCAGGAAAAGCUUUCUCGGGCAGAAACUUCUAGCGAUGCUGUGGCGGAGGAAAGACAUAGAAUUGAAUCUGAGUAUCAAGAAAAAUUGGACAAACUGAAAGCAUUUUACGAAAAAGAAUUGGCUGCUUCGCGAACUUUGCAAGAAAAUUCCAAAGAAUUUCAACUGAAAGAGUGGGAAAAAAGAGAGAAGGCUCUUAAAACCGAAUGGAAUAGACAAGAACGAAUCUUUAAGGACAGGAUUUCAGAGUUACUAAAUCAAUUAAGUGACGGAGAGCAACAUAUGUCCAUUUUGAAAACGCAACUAAACGAACUGGAAUCCAAACUCGAAGGUAAAGAAGGGGAUUCAACAAACUUGGCGAAACAACUCGAGGAAGCGAGGCAAGAGGGAUCCAAAGCCCUGAAGAGUUUAAGGGAGACGGAAAGUAACUUAACUGUAUCGAAAAAACGGUGUGAGGAGCAAGAGGCCGAGAUCGCUCGUCAAUCGAUGCAAAUCAGCAAACUUGAUGCAACCAAGUUGUCUCAGGAAACAACGAUCAAGGAACUGAAAGCAAACAUUUCAAGCCUACAAAGUAAACUGAAUAAGAUGGAAUCUGAACACGAUGAUCUUGGAAAGAAGUUCAGUUCACACACAGUGCAAACUGACUCAAAGAUCAUGCAUCUUCAACAGGAAAUUGAGAAACUUUUAAGGGAGAAGGAAGACUUGGAAUCAAAAUACAAUGCUGAAUUAAAAAGAGCUGGUGAACAAUCUACUAGCAAAGAAUUUUCACUGAGAAAAGAACUUGAAGAUGUCACAGCAAAGUUAAAGAGAGAUCAUAGCAAAGAACUUGAGGAUAUGAAGACAAAACUUGGUAUCGAUCAUAAUAACCACGUAAUGAAUUUACAGCAAGAAUUUCAAGAUAACUUGUCUCAGAAGGAGAGAGAACUUUUGGAGAAUUCGGAGCAAGAACUUGAGAGGUUGCGGAUAGAGAAGAAUGAGGUUAUUGCUGAGUUUGAGAAUCACUGCAGUGACUUGAAAAAUAAGUUGAGGUCGUCUGAAGAUGAAGUUGAGAGAUUGGAGAAGCUGGUUCAUGAUAGUGAAAAAGGACUGGGAUCUGCAUCAUCGCAUAUUGACAGCUUGAAAACAGCCCUUAGUCAGACUAAGGAGGAAUUACAAAAGACAAAGACUGACUUGCAAGAGGCUGAAAACAAGUAUGCAAAGUCAAUGGAUGAGAUGUACAAGCUAGAAAUGCUCCAUGACAAGGCUCUAAAGGAUGCAAAAUUAGACUCAGAUGCCCGACUAGCAUCACUUACCAAUGAGUUGGAUACUAAAUGGAGUGAAAAAUUAAGGGAUGAAUGCAGUAAACUGCGCUCACAGCUGAAUGAACAGCACAGAGAGGAAAAUCGUGUGUCACUGGAGCAACUAACAAAGAUAAAAGAUUUGCAGAGAGAAGAACUGAGAGGAGAGCUGCAAAGUAAAAUUGAUGCUUUAAAAAAGACUAUUGCUGAAACUCGAGGUGAUUUGGAAAAGGCAAACCGGAAUGCUACGACAGCUGAGCUUGACCUUCGCAAAGAACUUGACUUACAGAGGAAACGCAUGGAGGAAGAAAUAUCUGCCUUGUCUCUACAACACAACAAAAGGCUGGAAGAGUUGAUAGAAAAACACAAGGAAGAGCUUAAGAAGCUGGAAGGUCUCAAAGAUGAAGAAAUAAAGGAACGUGAGAGUGCCCUACAGAAGAGUCACAGAGAUGAGAUCACAUCUCAACUGCAGGCAAAUAAACUCAUGAUAGAUGCCAUCAAAUCCCAAGCUGAGCAGACACGUAUGAAAGACAUCGAAGAAAUAAAAAUCAAUCAUGAAAAUGAUCAAGAAAAUAUGAGAAGUGAGCUUUUGCGUGUCCAACAGGAGGAAAUGCAAAGAUUACAUAGAGAAUUUGAGGUUCAAUUAGCAGCUGUGAAACUCCAACUUCAGCGUACCAAUGAGAUGCACUCCAAGGAUGAAACUGAACAUCAGAAUCAGAUAGAAGAGCUAAGACGAGAGAUUGAAGAGAGAGAGUGCCAUCUCAAAGAACUGGAUGAGGAAAUUGGUGAGGUGAAAAGUAAUGUGGAACAACUUCAACGUGAACUGCAAGCCAAAGGGCAGGAGAUACUCAGUGUCAGACGGGAGGCUAAUUCACAAAUGAGAAAACGAGAAGAAGACCUUGCUAGAUCACAUCAGAAAGAGGUGGACUCCAUAGCAGCAGAUCAUCUGCGUGAGACUCAGUCCUUGCUUUCAGAGUUUAAUAGAUCCAAGGAACUCCUUUGUGACAAGAUUUCUGCUUUACAAUUAAUGCUGGAGGAGGCUGAAGAAAAAUUCAGGAGCCGACAGUCACGACCAGAAGACUUGGAAGUUAUUGAACAGCUUAAGAGGGCCCUUGCUGAACGGGAGCUGGAUAUGAAGAGACUUGUGGAUGAGAAGAGAUAUUUCCAAUUAGAGCUUCUCAACAGGGAAACAAACUUCAACAAAGUUUUCAAAGCAGCACCAAAUAUUGGCGUCAUCAACCCACUGCAGGCCAAAACAAAACCAGGGAAAGAAGGGGCACGGCAAAGCAGUUCUCUCGUCAUGAGCUCGUCACGGCUAGAUCCUAUCCCUAACAUGCCUGUUCAUGAGAAAAGAAUAAAUAACAGUCGGCCUCUGCCUCCAACUCCACCAAAAGAACCCCCACCUCAUAGAAAGACAACCGUUUUCUAAUAAAUUAAAAUACUAGAUUGUGUUCUUACUAGUUGCAUACAUUGAACCAAUAUUGGUAUACCUUUACCUCUUUGUCAUGUCAUGGAUUUUCUAAGACAAAGUACUCACACUUUUUAUGUCUUAAGCUGUAAAAAUACAGUAAUGGAGUAAUUAUCAAACAGCUUCUAAUAGGUGUAAGAUGCUUGUAUAUCUCAAAGUUGUUGCCUUGUUCUUACUAGCAGCCAUCAUUAGAAAAAAUUUGAUGAAUAUGUUUUCAACCUUGAUCAUUCCACUUAUAUUAAGUAUAGUGUACAGGAGAAUGUAAAUAUUAGAACUGUAUCAAAUAUUGCAAUGGAAAAUUGCUUGUAUAUAAUGCAUGGUUGUAAUAAAAAGACUUGGAAAAGUUGUUCAUAUCUA